AUGUGGUGCAAAACGAAAGAAGACUACUCUGAGCAACAAAUUAUGCUGUUCUACGUCGCUCUAUUUCUUCUUGCAGGCUUUUUAGCUUACUUUAUCAAGUGCCUGAUCGAGAGCGGAUUUUUCGUCAAGGUUCAGGUAAAUAAUGCUUCAAAUAGAAAGUAAACGAAAACAAAAAAUAAAAAAUAGAUGCACCAUGAAGAAAAAUCUCUGAGUGAGAGCUUUUCAAAAGUUAGCCAAGCUCAUUUUUGAAUUAAUAAUUUUUAUACAUUCUUAUAUAUAAGAGUGUAUAAGAACUUAGAUCUGAAAACCUCUCAGAACAGAAAACCGAUUGAAAAAAGGUCCAGAAAAGCGCAAUAUGGGCUUUUUACUAAGAAGGUUUCGCUUAUUUUUAUUCAACUGUAUCGUUCUUGCAAGUAAAAAACGAUGUUCACAACAUCAACAAUUAUAAACUGAUUCAAUUUUUUUGAAAAUUCCUAUUCAUUUUUUUGGAUCCAAAAAUAACUUCAUAUUACUAAAUGAGUGAAACUAAAAAAAUUAUACGAAAUCGUAAAAUGAGGUAUGUGUAAAAGUACACACAAAAAGCCAAGAAACAAAAAAAUACCCUUAACAAAAGGUAAAAAACUACGUAGGGAAACAAUGAUAAAUGAGGAACAGUUUAGUUUGAAGUGAGGAGCAUGUGUCCCAUAUCCUAGAAAACUGACAAAAAGAAAGGAAAAUGUAGUAAAAGAGAAAAAAGUCUGAAAUUCGACUUUCCAUAGAGCAAAAUUACGGCGUGGCCUAGUUUUCCAAAUCGACCGACCGACCGACCGACCGAACCGACCGACUUUUCCAGCAUGCCGUUGCUUAGCGCCGGCCACUAAAAUCGUGCAAGAUCGGCUCAAACUCAAUAUUUUAUCCCAAACUAAAGUUUUUUGACUGUUUGACAAAAUGCUCCCUCGUAUGGUUUAAGUUCCAAUGAGAAGUUCGCCGAUUCUAGAUGUGGCUUGGGGUCCCCAGACUUACUCGAAAAUUUCAAGUUGAUUUGAAUUGGCCGCAGAGCUUAAUUUACUGGAUUUUCUCGUUGAUAAUUCCCACCAUGGAGAUAGUAUAUUCAAUCGUCAGGCAAAUAAGACAAUAAGACGAUCGACCUUAUAAAGAAUGGAAAAAAAAAAAUCCUCUUUCGCCCUUGAGAGAAAAAAAUUCAGCUUUUUGAUAUCUUUUUGAUAUCUUUUUGAUAUUUUUGAUAUAUAAAAAAGCUGAUUCAAUUUUAAAAAAAUCAUUGCGAAAUAAUAAAAGAAAAAAUAAAAUUUCAAGAUCAUUGGAAGCAUUGCAGCCUGUCGUACUGACGCCGCCGAAGUAUUUGGGACAGGAGCUUCUCGUCUACUACAAGAUUCAUUUGGGCGACUAUUCGCACUCCAAAGAGUACCUGCGGCGGGUACUCCUCAUGAUGAUCUUUUAGGGACAACUUCCAUUGACAAUCCCUAUUUUUAGACGUCAUUUUUUGAUGUUGAAAAAGAUGUAUUUCUAGAAAUCAUUUUCAUUCUAAAUUUAACAAUUUAGAAAUUAAAAUUUUUUAAGAAAAGUUUAUUGGCAUUUUAGUCAAGCCUGAUCGGUCCUAGACCGAAGACUUAAACUCUUAAAGUUUUAAGGUAGUUAACCUAACUAUUCAAGUUCUAAAGGGCGUUAGAAAAUAGUCUUAUGUUCGGACGGAAAAGCAAGAAGCCAGGAAGGGCAACUGUCCAAGAGAUUUACUACACUACCUACAUUUUAUCCAAUUCAGGCUCGUGAGUUACUUCCUGGAGGAGCCACAACAUUCGCGAUCUUCUACGACGAUCCAAAGGUAUGAUCUAACAUCUGAAAUGAGAAAAUUGGUAGCUUAGAUAGUAGCUCCAUACUCGCUUCGAUGUGCAGUGGGAGCCGUGAUUGGAGGUCUGAAUCUUCAAUGAAACCGUUAUUAUUCGAAUGAUUGCAGCUGAUGGAGAAACAGUUUACGAAGAGUUCUUCACGCAACGGUUCGAUAGAAGGGGCUACGGAAAAGGAGUUUUUUUCCCAAGGUUUUGAUGAUAAAAUGCAUCCAGCGGGAUAUUUCUAAUAAAAAGUAAUGUUAGGAAACAUUUUUUUUCUACUUUAUAUUUUAUUCGUGACGGCUUUUAAUGCAUUUGUCGCUCUACAGAUGAAGUAAUCAUUGAGGUUUCAUGCCUGUCUUUUUUUCGAUGCUUUCAAGAUGUUAAAAAGCAGAACCAAUUUUAAUUUAAAACUUCCUUUUGGAAUCCACGGUCAGAAAGUUUCCAGGUGACAAGAGCUGUCACAGCUAGUCAGGCAAACUCUCAUGAAAUUCUUUCCUCGGUUGUCUUGAACAAGAAAACCUACCCUGCACUCCGCGAUUUUAUCAGAGUAAGACACAACAAGUCCAUAAUAUAAAAUUUACUUCCAGGAGAACGAACUGGACGCUUCGAUCGCCGCUGAGUUCCACUCCGAAAGUGACAUCACCAUCGAGUUCCCUCUGGAUUCUGCUUCAGAAUUUUUCCUCAAAGAUGUGAGAUUUCGCAGCAGCCGUAUAACCGAGUUCAUUUCAGCACGUUGAAACUUGCGUCCUGACCAACCACUGA